AUGCGGAUCCUGGCCUUGCUGUGCAUCACCAGCCUGUGUCUGGGGGCAGUUUGGGCUGUACCAGCCAAGGAGAGGAGGAAAGUAGAGAAGAUGAAUGAUGAUCUUGAACUCUACGACCUGGACAACUAUGACCUGACGUUGGACAACUACGGUGAGAUCAUCGACCUGAGCAACUAUGAGGAGCUCUACGACUACGGUGACUUUGCUCCGAAGGUAGAGGUUGGCACCCUGGCUCCUCGCCCCAAGGACCCUGUGGCUCUCCCAACCCUGGGUGCUGCAGCUGAGCCCCUGAAGCCGCAGCCUCCGAGCCCCCCAGCACCCAUCCCUGCACAGGGCCUGCCCAGCUGCCCGCUCUGCCUGUGCAUCGGCACCUCCGUCUACUGCGACGAUGCCGACCUGGAGCACAUCCCAUCACUGCCACCAGAGACCACCUACCUCUAUGCCCGCUUCAACCGCAUCGGUGCAAUCCGGGCCAGCGACUUCACUGGACUCAAGAAGCUGAAGCGAAUAGACCUGAGCAGCAACUUCAUCUCCUGGGCGGAUGUGGACGCCUUCCAUCAGCUUUCCAGCCUGCAGGAGCUCCUCCUGCCCGAGAACCGGCUGACGGCGCUGCCCGAGCUGCCCCGCAGCAUCAUCCGCCUGGAUGCUCGGCUCAACAGGAUCCCCAGCGCCGGCCUCCGGCACGAAGCCUUCCGGGACCUGAAGCAGUUGCAGUUUCUCCAUCUAUCCGAUAACCAGCUGGACUAUAUCCCAGCGCCCCUGCCCCAGAGCCUGCGCUCCCUGCACCUCCAGAACAACAACAUCCAGACAAUGCACGAGGACACGUUCUGUGACAGCCAGGACCACAGCCAGGUCCGCAGGGCGCUGGAGGACAUCCGCCUCGAUGGCAACCCCAUCAACCUCAGCCUCUUCCCCAAUGCCUAUUUCUGCCUGCCCCGUCUGCCCACCGGCCGCUUCUCCUGA